AUGCCGUGUUCCUUGUGGCAUGUGCUGGUGCUGCUCCUUCCAGGUAUCCAUGGCCAGGCAUCGCAGUUUGCGAUAGAAAGUUGUAAGGAUGAGGAGCAGGAGGCGGGCGUGCAAAUUGUGUGGCCAAGGCCAGGGCAGAUCCUGCCUCCGACGUUGACACCCUUUAUGCUCCGCACAAAGAUUUGGGGAGACUUCCGAUUGAGAGAAAGCGGCUAUAUCACAGCAGUGAUCACUGGUACAGAUGCAGAUCGUGGCCAUGAGAUGUCUACGUUCUCUACAUUGAUAUCUGAAGAGCUCAACAUCGAGGUGUUUGGCCUCCAGUCGGGCAGGUACUUCAUCAAGGCGUUUCUUGUGGAUGGAUCAGACAGGACAAGGAGCUGCUGGCUAACGCACGCGACAUCCUUCGAGAUUCAGAAGAGAGAAUCGAAGAACCGGACAGACUCCUUGAUGAGGAAUCUACAUCUGUACCAAGAAGGUUAUCGUGCGCAUCCAGAAUCUCGGGAGCCCAUGCUUCCGCAGCCAAGAUCCGGAAGAGAUUUUGCAUACGUUACGGUUCUCUGGGGCGAUGAGUAUGUGGAUAACGCCAUUGUAUGGGCGACCGGCUUGGCCGCUUCUGGAUCAACCUUUCGCCGUGUAUGCAUUGUAGCAAGGGGCAGGAUCACAAGGAGUAAAAUUCGAAUCCUGUCAAGGUGCUGUUGCGACAUUGACUUGGCGGAUCCGAUUCAAUCCCCCGCUCUCUCAUACAGUCGAUCAAGUCGGUACGAGUUCGUCCUGACCAAGCUGCGUGUGUUACAGCUGGACCAAAAGGGACUCAGAAAGAUCGUCAUGAUGGACGCCGAUACACUUGUGCUGCAGAAUAUUGACGAGCUUUUCUGGCUGCCAUCUCCUUCGGCCACUGUGAACAAGGACACCUUGAUGGGUGAGCUGGACAGGCCGAAGCUAAGUGCUGGUGUGAUGGUUCUUGAACCGGACAGCGCAAAGUUUGACCAGCUCCUUGCCAACUUGCAUCGCGAGCAGGGAGGCAAGUUUUCACGAUUUGUCGAGCAAGACCUGCUGGAUGCGUACUUCAAUCACACCUACAACAUCAUACCGCUCACAUACAACCUCUACCCAGAACUUCUGGACAUAAUGCCGUUCCUGCAGCCAGAUGAGCAAGACAAUGAAACCAACGACAUGUGGCCCAGUCUGCACUUUCCGCUUGACAACGGCAUCAAGGUAGUUCAUCUUUGGCAUCUGUUCAAUCCGUUUCAGACGAGAGGGGAAAAGGGUACGCAGUAUCUCCAGCUGAAUGCAAAACUGGUGCACAAGCAGAUGUGGAGAUGGUACUCCCUGUUUUGGAAUCUGCAUCAACAAGGGCUCCACCGUGGUGCACCAGAGGAGUACCCCAAGUGGAAGCAGCACUGUGUCGAAAGAUCCAAGGCAUUUGGCCCUACCCAAAGCCAGAGGUUUGUUCCUGUUCUUGGCACCGUCAGUGGGAGAGAAGUCUGUCGCCACAUCGAAGGGCUGGCUUGGUAA